AAACAGAGAGACAGAGAAACCUUGGCAGAAAACACAGACAGCAGCAUUAGAAUAAAGCACACAAGUUGCAUAUUCAGGAUUUUGAAUUACAAACUAAGAUAUCAAAAAUCUAUUUAGCAAAGCAGCUCAUGUUAGAGCACUGGACUGAGUGGGGUGUAAUAUAGAGUAAAUUCAGACUUUUGAAAAGCUGCAGGGACCUUUUGCUUGUCUCAGGCAUCAAAAUGUCGUCCAACAUUUAUGAAGACCCAAAUUUGACUAUGAAUGUGAGAUACUGCAAAGGAGAAAGAGAGGACAGAGGACAGAGAGUGGAGAGACUGGUCGACAUUUACGAGGGUAUGGACACUUUUACAAACCAUCAAGUUGAUCUUUUGACACAGGAUGGAGGAGCUAACACUCAAAAUCAUCUUCCAGCUGUCCAAAGAAACCCUUUUAGAGCUGUGGCACUGGUUCUGGGUCUACUGUGUCUCCUGCUAGUGGUAGGAGUCACUAUCCUGUCCAGACUCUGUGAGGAAUUUAUCUAUAUUUCAACCGUUUUGGAAAACAACCAGGAUGCAAGCAAUAAGACCCGUUAUGAAAACAGGUACUGUCUGGUAGAGGAGAAAAAAACACAAACACAGCGGAACAGUACAGUAUGGACGAGAUUUCGAUGCAGUUGUUACUACAAAUCUACUGAGAUGAAAAACUGGACAGCCAGUAGGACAGACUGUCAGAAGAGAGGAGCAGAUCUGGUGAUAAUAAACACCAGAGAGGAACAGGAUUUUGUCAGAGAGCUGAGUAAACAUGGAGCUUCCUGGAUCGGUCUGAAAUCAGUGAAAAACGGUUGGAACAACAAAUGGGAAUGGGUGGACGGAUCAACUCUGACAUAUACGGCCUGGCAGGCAGGUAUGAAAGUAAACGCUGUGAAUGGGUCCAAAGCAUAUAUUAAUCUGAAAGGAACAUGGGAAUACAUCAACACAGGAUCCAAUCAAUGGAUCUGUGAGAAACCAAUGUAUUGAGAGUUUCCUGGUGACCAUGGAGGCCAACAUGUGUAACUGUGAUGUAAUGGUUUCUAAUCUUUGUGUACAGCAUUUCUCCCUCUCUUUAUCAAUAGUUCUUGCUGCCCUCCCUUAAAAACAACAUAAUAAAAAGGCAACCAUGAGAAAAUCAACUGUAUUUCAUUACUCAGAAGUGCAAAAUGUAAAUCUACAAAAAGGCCAAAUCAAAAAAGGUUCAACCACUGUGGUGAAUGAAGG